UCUACAUGUCAGUCAAGUUCAAAAUCAAAACAUUGAAGUCGUGAGAACUAAGAAAUAUACUGAAGAAAAAGUUGGAACAUAAAGUUUAGAAAAUAGAUUCUUAAAUGAAACGACUUCGUUCUCAAGUAAAAUCCUGUCUUAAAACUGAAACCGUGGAAAUAGAAAAUUCCGAAACUUUAAGAAAUCACCAUCAUGCUUUAUUAGAGGAAGAAAUAAGAAACCUGAGAGAAAAACUAAUCAACUGGUACGAUAUUAACAAGCGAGAUCUUCAAUGGAGAGAUUUAGCUAAGCAUAUAGAUCCUAACAUCAGAGGCUAUUCAGUGUUGGUCUCGGAAAUCAUGCUUCAGCAAACCCAAGUAGCCACAGUCAAGUCUUACUACUCAAAGUGGAUUGAAAAGUGGCCAGAUCUUACAGCUUUAUCUAAAGCAACUUUGGAAGAAGUGAAUACUCUAUGGUCAGGGUUGGGUUACUAUUCCAGAGGAAAGCGUCUUCAUGAAGCAGCAUGCAAAGUUGUUCACGAGAUGGAUGGUACAAUGCCUCAGAAAGCUGAACAGUUGCAAAAACAGUUACCGGGUGUUGGACCAUACACAGCUGCUGCAAUUGGGUCUAUAGCUUUCAACGAACGUGUGGGCUUAGUUGAUGGAAAUGUUAUAAGGGUGAUUACUAGGUUGUGUUCAAUUGGUGCAGACACCAGUAAAAAGAGUGUGGUUGAUGUCAUAUGGAAGUUGUCUAAUGAAAUGGUGGAUCCGGAAAGACCUGGAGAUUUCAACCAAGGCAUGAUGGAGUUGGGGGCGACCGUAUGCACUCCAAAGUCUCCUCUUUGUCAGUCUUGCCCUAUUAGUUUAAUGUGCCGUGCCUACAAGAGAUCAAACCAAAAAGAAGCAGCAGGUCCCACAGACAUCGAAGAUGUUCCUGAUUGCUUAUUGUGUCUGCCGAUCGACCAGCCUUGGAUUGUGAAGGAUGGGGUGACCAAUUAUCCUCGGAAAGCCAAGAAAACAGCAGCCAAAAUCGCCCGAAAUAUCGUCUUGAUUGUUGAGCGCCCAACAAAUGAAUCAGAUAGUAAUGAGUAUUUACUGUGGCAAAGACCAGUCAACGGUUUACUCGCCAACCUGUGGGAGUUUCCCAGUUUUCCCUCCCAUCAGUGGAGCGAUGACUUGGACGAGAGCAGCGAACUGACUGCAGCGCUGGACCAAUCGAAAGGACUGCUGACCGGGCGGACCAUCGAACGCUGCCAGUACGUGGCAGAUGUUUUCCAUCAAUUUUCUCACAUAUCCCAAACGUACGGUCUCUACCGUGUUGCGGUCAGAGCGUGUGAAAACGCCAAAGACAAUGUCGUAUCCUUGCCUGACCACUACCAAGGCUUCAGGUGGCUGAACGCCCGUCAGAUUGCCGGAGCAGCCAUCUCCACCGCUAUGAAAAAAGUCUUCCGCGCCUUCACCCAGAACGUGGACGGUAGUGGCAGCAGCUCGUCGUUGAAGCGGAAAACGAAAUCAAAGGAGACCGGAACCGUCUCCAAGAAACAGAUGACGUUGCAGUCGUACUUCAAGAACAGUCAGACCGAAUAGAAAAUGACGUUGGAAAAGAACAAUUCAAGUGAAGGCGUAAAAUGUGUAUUAAGAAUAAAGGGAGUUGGGAGUUGGGCGAGGAGCGGAGAAUACAAUUUGAAUUAAUUGCUCGUGAUGAUCUCCUCACGAAAGAUUACAACACUGCAACACAUAUCACAAUAGCAAGUGGUGGUAGUAACCAAAAGAAUCGCGAUUCACACAACUAAAAAUGUUUGUUGUUUUUUUCUAAUUUUUUUGUUUUGUCUAUUAUUUGAUUUUUUUUUAUUCCACGGCGCGUACAUAUUCAUCAUGCACAGGGUGUGCUGUUUCGUUCUUUAAUCGUCCGAGAUCACGCAGAUAUACAAAGAUUUGUUCCUUUUUUUUUUAUUCUAUUUUCAUUUCAUUUUUUUUUUUCACCAUUAGAGAGAUAGGGGAGGAUGAAUUGGGAUAAGAUCAAAGUUUAAAAAAAAAAAAAAGGAAAGGCAAAAAUAAGGAGGUCGGCAAGACUCACGAGCGAAUCUCCGGUAUCGUCCCACCCAUUGCCAUUGAUGAAUGAGGAAAAUUCACGAUCGGAUUGUUUCUGACGAAGUCGACAAGGCGUGAAUCGAACCGGUGAUGAAGGAGGUAGAAGAAGAAGAGAAGGACAGAUGAUGAAUUGGUCUAGGAAUUUUGCGAGUGAGCGAUGACUUACAAAAUAACGAAAAAAAAACAAAAUGAAAAGAUGUAACGCAGAGAGUGAGGAGCAUUCAUUCCGGUUCUCCUGAGCCGAUUGGAGCGAGCCGCAAAGGAAAGGAAUUUUUGAGAAGAAGAAGGCCCUGGAAUCAUCACCCAUCAAAAAGAUUUCAAGCAGUAUACUGGGUUGAUUUCUGAUUAUAAUUUACGCUUUGUACAAGUCACCUCUCAUCAAUGAUUAUCUUGCACCCCUUAAUCGACGAUGACUUUGCUGUAUUGAUUAUCAUCACGCCUUAAAAUCCCCUCAUAUUUAACGAGGAACGAGGCUCUUGUUAUGGUAGGGACAGAAAACGGGCAAUAAAAAAUGAAAAUAUUUAUGAUGAGCUAAUACCAACCGUUCGCGUCUACACGGAUAAAUGAUAAAAACAGAACAAUAGAGCAAAGAAAGAAGAAAGAAAAAAAAACCGUUCCCUUACUAGCCAAAUGUCCAGUUACAUAUUUCGUCCAAGUGAUAUAACCAUAUAAUAUUUCUGGCCGCAACAUUUUUUAAAAAGCUCUUAACGAAUGAACUCGGGAGCUGGUCGCAUCACACACAGCGCGGACACACAGAGGAAACAUGUUGAAAUGUAGAAUUGCUGUACACGAAUGAAUAAAAUUCGACUAAUUCAAUGCUAUUCAUUAAGUCGAGUCACAGAGGACCACAUGCAUACCUUUAUAGUAAAUAGUUUUUAUUUCAUCUUAGAAAGAAAACAAAAUGGAAUUUAAUUCUUUUAAAAAACAAGAUGAAAAUAAGGGACCUCAUUUUUUUUCUGUUAAAUCUUUUUGAAGAACAAACUGCUUAAUUGCCUCGGCGAAACAUGACCCACAUUUGUGGGUUUUGCCUCGUUUUCAUCUACAGAUACUAUAUUUUUUUUCUUUCUAAACUCCGUGCAGCUGGCUUGGCGCACGAUGCAACCAGCCCCCAAACGGCGGUAAAUAACUGUACAGUUUUUGACUCUGGAAAUAAUAGCGCGGAUGAAAAGGAGGAGGGUUCGCCGGGAAGAAAUAUAAUAGAAUAUAUAAGAAAAGAAGGAGAGGCGACGGUGUCCAAUCAAUGCCAGUCGGACAGACUGUUGUCGGUAUAGAGCAUAGGCUAAGAGUAAAUAAACGGGCGAUCGUGCCGGUUUGUGAUGUUAUCCCAAUCAGCAAUCUGGGUUAAGUUGUUUCCAAC